CUCCUCCUGCAGAAGAUACACUUCCAGUUGCCUGCCUUUCUGUGCCACAAACAUCGACGAUGAGACUGACAGUCGUAUUGGCAUGGGCGUCCUGCUGCCUGACCCUCACUUCGGCUUGGCCUGAUUCGUACAAUGCAUGGGCGGCGGAUUUGCAACCCGGCUGGAUGAUCCAGUCGUACCAAGUGGGGGGGAAAACCUGCCACUGCAAAAUUCCUUCGAAUGAAACCAUCUCGACAACAGUCGCUGUAACAACCGCUGCGCCUACGACCACUGCGCCAACUACAGCUGCGCCUACGACCACUGCGCCAACUACAGCUGCGCCUACGACCGCUGCGCCAACUACAGCUGCGCCUUCGACCGCUGCGCCAACUACAGCUGCGCCUUCGACCGCUGCGCCAACUACAGCUGCACCUACAACCGCUGCGCCAACUACAGCUGCACCUACGACCGCUGCGCCAACUACAGCUGCACCUACGACCGCUGCGCCAUCUACAGCUGCACCAACUACAUCUGCACCUACGACCGCUGCGCCAACUACAGCUGCACCAACUACAGCUGCACCUACGACCGUAGAUGUUGGAGCCUGCACCAUGGACGUGACAGUGACCGCCGCAACCGACCUGUACUGGACCUCACCCGGAUUCCCAAGCAACUACCCGGAUGACAUUACAUGCACACUCACUGUCACUAUUCCCGCCGACAUGCCCAUGGGUUUGGUGACUCUCAAGCCCAUGGCAGGAUCUGACAUUUACGCAACCACGGGCUGUUCAUCCGACAGAAUGACUUACACAACAAGUAUCGGGUCGUCGGCAAUAUCCUGUGGUAGUAACCUGGAUGAGAUAUCGGAGAGCACAAUAUUCGACGGCCCGAAGACUUUCAGCCUCACCUUUACAUCUUCUUCAUCCGACGGAGGGAAAACGUCGACAGGCUUCAGCUACCAUAUCCGAGGAUUCGAUUUGAUGGGCUAAUAAAAUCAUCUGUAGACGGAUAUCAAAUAUUUCAGGAUAACCCCAUUGCUACGUUGACUUUGGUAUCUCCGACUGAAACAAGAUCAUGGAGCAAUGGUAACGCAAGGCAAGAUAAAUGGAAUAAAGACAAUAAAACCAUAUUGUACAUGA